GCGAGGCAGGGUCUACCCGCAUAAGGCAAGACGUGUCAACAUUGCUGCUUGGCGUUAUACACGAUAUAUACAGUUGGAACCUGGCCGGAGAAUUUAAUCAUUUUCGAUGGGUAAUUUCGAUGCAAGUGACAUAUCGUGUUUUGGGUAGAUGAAGCCUUAAUCAAAAUUUUCAUAUCUCCAUUGAUUUGUGCACUAUAGAAUAGCAAGAGUGGAUAUGGUUCAGAUAAAGCUUAACUUGUUUGGCGUCAUCAGAGGAUUGUAUUCACCCUGUCUGAUGGUUCUUGUAAGCCUACUUUUGACGGAUGACAAAGCUGGAGCCCUGCCAGCAGGGGGAGGGCGGAGAGUAUGCCGUGGCCUACCGGCCAACUUGCAGCCAGACACCGCCGCUGGAGUCGAUGGAGUAAGAGCUGAAGGCCACAUUCAUCUACGGCGAAUCCAGCUUAAAAGCUACACUCCCGGACAACAUGUUAUUGUUUCUGUUCUGGAAACUUCUUCAGACAAGGAGGAGCAACAGAGCAAUCCACAGGUCAAGCGGUAUGCCCUGCAGGCUAUCAGCGAUGCCACAGGCGAGGCGGUCGGUCGGUUUAAAGCCGUCUCUGACGCCACUCGGCUCCACCACUGCGGAAAGUGGACGGUGCUCCACGAGCGAAGGCAGAGCGGUGUGUCGUUUAGCUGGUUACCACCGCAAGAGGGAGCCGUUCAACCCGUUGUCAUAACUGUGGCUAAAGUAUAAAUGUGGAAGCUGAAUCUCAUGCGUGAAUGAUAACCGCACACGCAAGUUUACGACGCUACUCUCUAGUAACAGCCGAAGCGUCUGAGUUGAGCAGGAGGAUACAAUCCCCAUACAUCUGAUGAUUUUCCCAUUAGAAAUCUACUUUGGAAAGUGAACAACGCAAAGUAGAAGUACAUUGCGACUACAAACAACAGGACGGCGACACAGAAUGAAUUUAAAUCUUCUAAUUUCAGAUGAUAAACAAAAACAAGGGUCUACAUAAGUGGUUUUAAAAGGUUUAACCGUCACUGAUGCCUAAUCUAAUGUAAAUAUUUAUUAAAGUAUGGGCCUGAAAGGGCUGUUCCUCAUAUCACAAGAGUAAGUUCUGAAACUGUGACACAAAAACAUACUCACAGAUUAGUUUAAACCUAGUUCAGACUCGAAAUAUUCCUGUUGCACUUUCACGUUCCUACGAGAGGGCGGUAUUGCAUAGUAACGGUAAAGAAACCCAGCUACGAUUUCGUGGUGAUGUGGUCGCUAUACAGCAUCCGUCGGUGUACAUAGGACAUGACGAAUCUAACGUUCUGGCGUUCAGAAGGGAAAAAUGGUCUCAAACCACGACAGCUUCAUCGACAAGAUCACACCUGGUAUCUUUUUAGAGGACGGUGUUUUCCUUUUCUCCAUGGUAUAUUCGAUUAUUGAUUAACGCUGUGUAUAAUGGCCCAAGAUCAUGGAGGAUUGUCAUUUUAAAGAAAGAUGAAAAAAGAGAAAGCCAACGCACAAGUUAGUUGAAUAACCAAUCAGUGUACUUUGAAGUUAAUAAUUAUCUAUUUAAUAAAAUUGCCAGGUUUGCAGUGACGAAGGGAAGUGCAUGGGAACCCCCCCCCGCUCAAGGCCUGUGCCCUCCGCGUUCCCCCUCCCGCUCAUAAAGUAGAGGAGGAUAAAAUCUGGUGAUAGUCCGCCUUGGUCCAAACUCGUUGAGGCUUCCCUCCAUAAAAUAGACCUUAAGUACGAGAAGCUAUUUCAACCGCAUUCCUUGAAACUGUUCUAUAAAUUGUAUACUGACGAUUGGAUGGCACCUGACUGUUUUAUGAUUGACAUGCGUUCAAGCCUUCUAUUCAGUAUUUUUCCAAAUCUUGGUUGAAACACUAACUAAAAGGUACAGUUUUGUAUGUCCAUUCACACUUUAGAAUUAUUCAUCAACGUAGACAGGUACAUGUAAUAAUUUGCUUUAAAAUUUUCAUUUGAUAACUUUCAUUUCUACUGUUAACUUUCAAAAAUGAAGAAUAAACCUCAUCUUCAGUUGCAAUAUGACCGACCCAUGAAUAGGGUCUAUCAGGCCCCUCAGAGACCUCACUUGUGUUACUCUUUUGCAUGAAUCCCCACCGCCUAUAUCUGUUUCACUACCCGGGCACACGCUCCCGUUCAAUUUUGAUAAAGGUCGGCCCACUAAAGUUCAGGAUUUCUCACGUGUAUUGAUAAUCAAAAUUCCUGUUACUCGUUACAAAUUAAAUGAAAGAAUCGUGCUUCUCUGA